UCUCCUGCUUAGCCAAAGCCUAUAGCAAUGGUAAUCAAAGUUCAUGGAUUGGCAUUGACCACCAGCACUGCACGUGUGUUGCUCUGUCUUUCUGAAAAAAAUGUAGACUAUCAACUGCUCCCUGUUGACGUUUUCAACCGUGCCCAUAAGCAACAACCUUACUUAUCUCUAAGUCCAUUUGGGCAGAUACCCGCCUUCGAAGACGAAGAUGUCAAACUCUUUGAAUCAAGGGCCAUCUCCAGGUACAUAGCAAACAAAUACAAGAACACAGGAACUGAUUUGCUAAGAUCAAAUAGUCUCAAGGAGUCAGCGAUUGUAGAGACUUGGAUGGAAGUUGAAACUCAGCAAUUUGAUGGUCCAAUAAGGACAAUAGUUCGCCAUUUGAUCUUGAAUCCAAUAGUUGGGAAACCUCUAGAUGAAAAGAUUGUUGAAGCCGAAUUGCAGAAACUGGGGAAAGUUCUUAAUGUCUAUGAAGAAAGGUUGAGUAAAUCCAUAUAUUUGGCGGGAGACUUUUACACCAUGGCUGAUAUGCACCAUUUACCAUAUCUAAUUUACUUUAUGAAAACUUCCAAAGCCACUUUAGUAACUUCUCGUCCCCAUGUUAAUGCUUGGUGGAAUAAUAUUUCUUCAAGGCCUGCAACGAUUGAAGUGUCCGAAAGAAUGACGCUUGCUUAGGAAGUUUCUGUGACAGACACCAUAAAGGGUAGUGUUUUAAUAAGGUUAUAUUUUUUUUUUUUUUAAUCCGAGGGUACCUGAACCAGUUUGCACACACUUCAAUUAGUCUCUCAAGAACCUGAAGUUAGCGGCCAA